UGCGCCAUGUUGUAUAUUGUAUUAUGCAAGAACGCCUCUCGAUCGCACGGAGCAGAGUUUUGAUUCCAUGUGAAAAAGUAUGACCUUGACAUCUUCAAUUCUUUUGACGUCUCCAAAGUUCUUGUGCAAAUACGUACAAAGUACACCACCAUCGGCUGUCGUUUGUUAUGUACAUUCUCAACUGGCAGUUCAACCUUGCAAAGUUCAAAAUCCAUUUAUUUUUCAAUUGAACGGAAAAAAGAACACUGUAUCCGGAAGAAAAUCUUUUGGAAAUGAGUCCAGCUAUAGUCAAGUGCAAGGCUUAUUGUCCUUUCAAUCAAAAGGGAGAGUCUCCCAGUACAAGAGCAAACACCAACCAUUACAUCUUCUCCAGAAAUAUAAUGGAAAUGUUAAAAUGGACAAAAAUGCAAAAGACAUGUCACUGAUAUCAAGAUGGAAUCAUGAUCCUCUGAUGGAUCACAAACAGUUUGUUGUAAUGGUUUUUAAAGAGGAUCCAUUUACUGGAAGACCUUCCAUAGGACUUAGCAAAGAUUUACUCAACUCAGCCUCUUCCCACGAGUAUAAGAAGCCGUCUAAAGGUCCUGUUGCAAAGCAAAAAAUAAGAGAUACAAGUUCAACCUCUUUUGGCAAAUAUUCCAGAGCACCUCAACAAGACCGAAGGCCGCGUUCUCUGAAAGGGAGUGUGGACAGAGUUUUGAAAAUAUCUUCCUCAAAUUCAGGGAUGAAUAACUCUAUUUCAGAAGCAGCAUUGCUGUUUUUAGACUUUUGUAGUGGUGAAAAAGAUGUGAAAAAGCCAGAGAUCAAGAAAACCUUCCAGAGUGGACCAACUAAUACUCAGCUUUCUUCAGUUUUACUGGAACUUAGAGAGGAGAUUCCAUUAUUUUUUCUGAAGAAGCCCAAUUAUGCCACAUACCACAAGAGAAUUAAAUUUGUUAACAACAUCACUGGAGUCACAACACAUGGAAUCUAUCCCUACAAAAGCCAAGUAAGUGGCUUGAGAUUUCUCAUGUUGAGCUGCAUGACAGAACUGUCUGUGGAGGUCCUUAAAAUCACCAAACAUCCAAAUGAAGCAGCAAUCAAAGUGCGAUGGAGGAUUAAGGGAAUACCAUUAAUUAGAAAAUUAGUUCCUUACCUUGGAAGAAAAGUCAGAGUUGAUUCUUAUGGUUACAGAUAUCUGGAUGGCUUUUCUGUGUUUGAAGUUGGAAGUGAUGGCCUUAUUCAUUGCCACAGACUUCACAAGGUGAUGCCCUCCUCAUCACAGGAAAAAGAAAAUCCAUUGUGGAUGAUUGUGUUUUUGCCAUUGAUCCACCUUCUAAAUCCAAGGCAGUGUGAAUCCUUCAGUGCAUUUGAAUGCUGCAGCACUGAUAAAGAAAUUGAAUCUUUGACCUCUGACUCUGCUGUUCUUGCUUGUUAGAACAAGUAAUCAAUCAACCCACAGCAAAAUGUUGUCAGUCACAAUAAAAAUACAAUGUGUAUUAAAGAAGGCAAUCACAAUUUGACCAAGUUAUUUUGGUCAUUUGGAAAGUGCUCAAGAAUACUUGGUAACUAUGGUUCUUUUGUGUUUUUAUGAGAAUCACUGUUUUGAAGUGUAUGUUUUUGAAACUUUACAAUUGUCAUUUUGUACAAAAUUGUGCAUUAUCAAUAGCUGUAUUUUGGAAAUCCAGGGGAAAUCAAUUUUGGUUCAAGAUAGUGCAAAGUUCAAGUUGGGGGGAUUUGACUGUAGUAAGACUAAGAAUUCAGAGUGACAAAUGUUUUGUUUCAAAAUGAAAGCUGCAUGCAUCAUCAAAAGUAGGUCAAGGGGUGUACUUUUGAGCACUUCACAGAUUGGCCCUACAGUGACUCAACUAAAAGGAAAGAAUGCAACAAGUCAUCUAGAACGUAAGAUUGAUUAUACCUCAGGUGCAUAGCACCAAGAAGUGAAAUUAGCCACAAAAUGUGGCCUAAUUUUGCUGAUUGGCAAAAAAAGAAAAUAUCCCAGUGCUAAUUUGUACAAAGUUUAACUUCAUUUAGUAAAAGAACAAUAAUUAGUAAAUACAAUCCAUAAGUGGAUGUAGUAACAGUCGAUUAACCUUUGGUGGAGAUCCUACCUCAGAUUAAGAAGAAAAUUGAUACUAUUAUGUAUCAGUCUACUAAGCCAGAGAAAUCUAAAAUCCCUCUUGCUCUUUUGAAUUUGAUUGGAAAUAAUAUAUAGUUUGUCUGGUGCUUUGUUGACUAGGCAAGGGAACAAGAAAAAUUUUUGCAGGGUAAAUCAAAAGAUCAAAAUUGACCGAAUGAAGCUUCUGAUUUGCCAUGUCAAGGGAAAGUACAUGGCCUGUGUUCUUGAAAAGAAUAUUCAAAAAGUUUGAUUCUAUGAAUAAAAAAUUACCAAAGGA